AUGGGUCAAGGCUAUUCCAUGACAAUGCUUUCAGCAGCGUCUGCCAGCAUCGACGCACCAGAGCUUGCGGAUCUUGUUCAUGAGAAGACCCUAGCUUCGGCCCGCUUCAUGAAAAGCAUCAGGGCAAGGAGUCGAGAUGGUUUUGUCUUUGUCAAGGCUGUUAUGAAACCUUACUCUUCCUUUGAAGUACACGAAUAUGUUCGUCAAAUAUUGGAAGAACGGAGCAUCAUUGCAGACAUUCCAAAUGCACUCGCAUACCAGAAAAUCGUCGAGGUCGGUAGUGCCGGCUUUCUUGUUCGCCAGUACAUGUUCAGCUCCGUAUAUGAUCGCUUGAGUACGAGGCCAUUUCUCGAGGACAUUGAAAAGAAAUGGCUAGCUUUCCAGCUCCUCUGUGCCGUGCGUGACUGUCAUGCACGUAAUAUCUAUCACGGAGACAUCAAGACCGAGAACAUUCUUGUUACCUCGUGGAAUUGGCUGUUCUUGACAGAUUUCUCUUCGUCCUUCAAGCCAACCAAUCUCCCAGAGGACAAUCCGGCAGAUUUUUCCUUCUACUUUGAUACUUCUGCGCGGAGGACGUGCUACAUUGCCCCAGAACGCUUCACCACAACCAGCAUAGGAGACCUGCAGGGCGACUUGAACUGGGCAAUGGACAUAUUUAGUGUCGGAUGCUCGAUCGCUGAGAUAUUCCUCGAAGGACCCAUCUUCUCACUAAGCCAGAUAUUCAAAUAUCGAUCUGGAGACUACAGCCCGGAGCAUACACACCUGAACAAAAUCGAAGAUCCCGAAAUUCGAGCAAUGAUACUCAAUAUGAUUGAAUUAGACCCAGAGAAGCGGUACAGUGCAGAGCAGCACUUGUCCUUUUACAGAAACAAGAUCUUCCCGGAGUACUUCUACAGCUUUUUGCACCAGUACAUGUUGGAUCUUACACGACCAGCAACCGCUUCUAAGCCUGUUGGGUUGGACGCCUCGCGUUUGACCGAGUCUGAUGAAAAGAUCGAUCGAGUUUAUUAUGAUUUCGACAAGAUCUCCUUCUUUCUUGGCUACGGUCCCAGCCCCAGUCAACCAGCUUCAAAAUCCCCUUUGGCCUUGCGAUCCAGCAAUCGGGUCAAAUCUCCAGAUGCAAAUCCAGCUUUGUAUGAUGGAAGCCUACUUUUUCUCACCCUUGUUGUCUCGAGCUUGAGAAAUACAGCGAAAGCCUCCGCUAGACUAAAAGCAUGUGAUUUGCUUGUCGCGUUCGCUGAGCGACUUCCAGAUGAAGCCAAACUUGACCGAAUUCUUCCUUACAUUGUCGGCCUUCUCUCAGACCCCUCCGAUGUUGUCAAGACUGCGGCUAUAUAUGCGCUGACAUCGAUCUUUGAGAUGGUGCAGACCAUCACGCCCAUCAAUGCAUAUGUAUUCCCAGAAUACGUCUUUCCAAAGCUACGCCAAUUUGUUCUAACACCGAAUAAUACACCAAGCGUCCUGGUUCGAUCAGCAUAUGCAUCUUGCCUGGCAUCUCUAGCGCUGUCAUCAUCUCGGAUUCUCGACAUGAUCCAUGCAAUUCGUGCGGAUGGUCGAUUACCUGCACUACGCGCUGAAGAAUGGGCUCCAGAGACGUCUUAUCAUGGACUUUACGAUGUUGCCCGCGCUGAAUUGGUCCCACACUUUGAAGAGGCAACUGUUGCUCUCAUCACAGAUCCUGAGCCUUCUGUCAGAAGAGCGUUGUUGGGCUCGGUAUCACGAUUAUGCAUUUUUUUUGGAAGCGCAAAGUCGAGUGACGUGAUACUCACUCAUCUGAACACCUACUUGAAUGACAAAGAUUGGAUUCUCAGAUGCUCCUUCUUUGAAGCUCUUGUCGGUAUUGCAACUUAUGUCGGCACCUCAAGCCUGGAACAAUUUAUUCUGCCUGUAAUGGUUGGUUCAUUGACUGACCCAGAAAUAUUCGUGGUUGAGAAGGUUUGGCGGUCACUUGCACGUAUGGCUGAUCUAGGCCUCUUUCAAAAGUCGAUAACUUGGGAGUUGAUUGGCAUGGCUGCACGAUUCUUAAUCCACCCUAGUUCUUGGAUUCGUGAAAGUUCUGCGCAAUUCAUUGUCCUAUCCUGCAAGUACAUCUCAAAAGCGGAUCAGAACUGCAUCAUUCUGCCUAUUAUCGAUCCCUUCAUGAAGACGAGAAUCACAACAUUGACAGAAGACCGAAUUUUGGAUACUUUGAAACGACCUCUGACCAAAACCGUGUUUGAUGCAGCAUUGAAUUGGGCGUCACGAAAGAGCAACAGUCUCUUCUGGACUGCUGCUAGCCAUGAUGGUGCUUUCACCCUGUCAGAUCCAGGCCAUCCUCAGAACCCUACAGCUUUGACGAACCGACUUUCAACACGAGUAAAGGCUUCACAAAAAGACAGAGAUGACCAGACCUCCUUGGAGAGCCUUCGAAAUCUAGGGUUGGGUGCAGAUGAUGAAAUCAAGCUUAUCGCACUCCGCGAGUAUCUUUUCAAGGUGUCGAAACAUAAAAGCAACGAAGACCUUGAGGGGAAAUAUCGCAUGCUAAACAAUAUCAUUUCUCUUAAUCAAAUCGAUGUUACACCACAAAAUAUUUUCUUCGACCAGCGGGAUGCCAUCCGAGAGAUGAGCAAUCGACCAAGAAAACUCGAACAGAGAUCGAGACAAGAUGAGCGACAUAGUCUAGCAGACGCUCUGCUUGAUGCAUCAUCUAAUAUUGACGAGCAACCGUCUAGGAGGCCAUCCCCUUCAGAAACUACUACAGCAAGUGGCACAGCAACGCCACCAGUGUCCUCGAAAGCUAUUGACAUUCGUGCUCAGGCAGCCACCUCCCACAAAGUGGACGGCACACCCACUGUCAAUAUUGAGCAUGCAUCUGGUGGGCAAUCUUCAAGGCCUAGCCUUUCUAUUAACGGCAACUCGCCCAACAGCGCUAACUUGUCGUUCCGUCGCAAUCCCACACUUGAACUAAAGCAUCGAAACAGCGGUAUCAAUUUAUUGGGGCGUGCAAAUUCAGCCAAGGCAGAUGCUGAAAUUUCUACCACAUCCGAAAAUGUCUUUGGAAAAGUUGACGGACCCAUUCAUCGCAAAGCCACAGCAGGCCCAUCAACAUUGACCAUAUCAGCAAACAUGGCAGAGAAAUCAAGGUCAGCAUCUCCGGGUCCUGUAAGAAAGACACCGAUGUUUGAGUUGAAUCAUUCUUACACUGGUAACGACGUCAAUGUUUUGAGACUACUGGACAAUCAUUUCAUGGAGAACUUCCCCGUGGACUUGCUCGACUUUGGUCAAGCACGCCCUUUCGCAGACACUCGAACUCCGAUCAAGAGAGCUACAGACGUCAUACAGCAGAAUAGCAGCAAGACAGCUCAACAAGAGCUUAAAUUCUCAACAGAACCAUGGCGACCUACAGGCCAACUACUUACCAUUUUCCGGGAGCACACUUCUUCUAUCAACCGAGUCUGUGCUGCUCCAGAUCAUGCUUUCUUCGUCACUGCCUCUAACGAUGGUACUUGCAAGGUCUGGGACACCAUUAGGCUGGAAAAGAAUGUCACACCUCGGUCAAGACACACCCAUAAACAUGCAGAUGGUGCGAAGGUCAAAAGCUUGUGCUUUGUUGAAGGCACCCACACAUUUCUAAGCGGGGCAGACGACGGAAGCAUUCAUGCUAUCAGAAUUGAAUAUAAGAGUGUGGAAGGCGGGGAAAGUUCGAGAUACGGCAAGCCUUCACUCGUCCGCGACUUUCAAAUACCCUUCAAUAGGUCGGCUGAGGAAGACUUGACGCCCCAAGACUUUGUCCAAGAACCAGAGUAUGCAAUUUGGCUACAUCACUACCGAACUGCGACUUCACAAUCAAUCUUGCUCGCAGCAACCAACAAAUGCCGCAUCCUUGCGAUUGAUCUGAAGAAUAUGGAAAUCAUCCAUACUAUGACCAACCCAGUCUCACACGGGACACCAACUACGUUCUGUGUAGACAAGAAACAUCACUGGCUAUUGCUGGGUACGAGCCAUGGAAUUCUUGAUCUAUGGGACUUGAGGUUCAAACUCCGGCUUCGCAGCAUUGGGAUCCAAACGAGCGGCCGGAUUGAUCGAAUUCUUAUUCACCCCACGAAAGGCCACGGACGAUGGGUAAUGGUGAGCGCAGGUGGUGAGAUUACUGUUUGGGAUAUCGAAAAGCUAGUUUGUCGCGAAGUGUUGCGAACCAGCACGUUUGCUGCCCAAGCUAUGCCUCGUCCUUACGAGACAUACUCUCCAGAUGACGAAGCUGGUGAAAAGAUAUUGGCUCGAUUAUCUCGAGACGUUGGCGAAGAUUCGAAACUCAACGACUCCCCACAAUCGAUCUCAAAAGACGUCUCUAGCAAAUCACCAGAUAAGACCAUGUCAGCCACACCGUCACUCGCAUUGUCCGAAUCACUCUCAAUUCCUGCCAUGUAUAUCCUACACGAUUAUCUCCAAAACUCGUCGCAGCCCGAAAACCCGAACAAAUCGGCACUCUUGAUCACCGGUGGUGCCGACCGUGGUCUUCGGUAUUGGGAUAUUGCACAUCCAGAAAACAGCUUCAUCAUCUCCGGACCCAUGACGUACACCGACGAGGGUAAGACCAUCAAGCCUAUCUAUGAAGUAACUCAUCCAUUGUCUCUCAAUGCUGGAGCGCAAAUUACACUAGUAGACGAGAAGUUCGUCGAAGAUUCAGCACCUCCUCUAGGAAGCGGUGGCAGCGCAAGAGGCACGCCGAAGAGAUCCUCGCGUCGGGAUCAUUCAGGCCAAUCGAGUCCCAAUGCUGCCCAAUCUGGACGAACUACACCAUCAGCAACAACUCCUUCUGGAGGUAGUGCCAGCACGAAGCAGAGCUCCCGAGUUGCGCAUACAAAUCCAGUGUCGAAACCGCCGCGAAACACCAUCAUCAGCGCCAGCCAACAGCACGCCAUACGCACACAUCUCGACGCCAUUACAGAUGUGAUCGUGUUGAGGAAACCCUACGGUUGCAUUGUCAGUGUGGAUCGCGGUGGUAAUGUGUUCAUCUUUCAUUGA